UGCCGAGGACGAGCGCUGCCGAGGCCCCCGCCGGGUCCUGUCUGUGCAGUUGGGCGCCCGCUGCGGUGGGCAUCGUCCUUCUCCCAGCCGGGCCCGACGGAGAGUGAUCCCAGCGAGGGACAGAUCUUCCUCAGCGAGAGCUGCGUGAAGAGAUUGCUGGAGAUCACAGAAGGUGCAGAGUUUCUCAGGCUGCAGGUGGAAGGAGGUGGCUGCUCUGGGUUCCAAUACAAGUUUUCCUUGGACACAGUAAUCAAUCCUGAUGACAGGGUGUUUGAACAAGGUGGUGCCCGUGUGGUUGUAGAUGUGGACAGCCUGGCCUUCGUGAAAGGUUCCAUGGUGGACUUCAGUCAGGAGCUGAUUCGCAGCUCUUUCCAGGUGGUGAGCAACCCACAGGCAGAGAAGGGUUGCUCAUGUGGGACUUCAUUCUCUGUCAAAUUCUGACUGGACUUCCCACGGAUGGACACUGUCUGCAGACACCUCCUGACAAUCUUCAGAGAGUUGUUACUUGUUCUUUCUCCAGCUGCUCCCUCUCAUCUCCCUCACCUCAUAACACAGCUGUUACACAUUACUCCAGCUAUGUGACUGCACUGAGCCUAUCUCCAA